AGCCUGCAAUUACACAUCAAAUACAUACAUCAUAUUAGUUGAAAUUGUUUUGAAUUACAUAACGGCAAAUUAUAGUUGAUAUUACAGUUAACGAAUUGGCAAGGCGAGCUUGUUUAUAGUUUUUCAAAUUUCAAUGUCAAGAUGGGGAAACCUGACGCUGAUCAAGCGAGAAAGAGUGGGAGAGAAAGAGAGAGAGCGAGAGAGAGAGAGAUUCUGAGAGCUGCAUCAGUUUACAGUUAGAGCAAGUGCGGAAGUGCGGACCGUUACAGGCACUACUAUAGUAAAAAUUGGCGGCUCUGAGAGAGACUCUGUCGCAUACAAUUUGUGCUUACGUGGCAUACAUUAAUAACCAAGUCCAGUCUGCAUCAACGUCAUCCUCCUCAUCAGUAUGGCCAGUGAGAAACCCAUAGAAGCCACAGGUGAUGAGCCCUUUCUGGGCCUGCUCGAUGUGGCUCUAUUGGCGGUACUUAUAGCAGGUGCUGCCUGGUAUUUUCUGCGCAGUCGCAAGAAGGAAGAGGAGCCCAUCCGAAGCUAUUCCAUACAACCUACUACAGUGAGCACCAGCAGCGCUGUUGAGAAUUCAUUUAUCAAGAAACUGAAAACUUCGGGUCGUAGUCUGGUCGUCUUUUACGGCUCACAGACGGGCACCGGCGAGGAAUUUGCCGGUCGUCUGGCCAAAGAGGGUAUACGCUAUCGCCUGAAGGGCAUGGUUGCCGAUCCUGAGGAAUGCGAUAUGGAGGAAUUGCUGCAAUUGAAAGACAUCUCCAACUCAUUGGCCGUCUUCUGUUUGGCCACCUAUGGUGAGGGUGAUCCCACAGAUAAUGCCAUGGAAUUCUAUGAGUGGAUCAACAAUGGCGAUGUCGAUCUAACUGGCCUUAACUAUGCGGUAUUCGGUCUGGGCAAUAAAACCUAUGAGCACUACAAUAAGGUAGCCAUCCAUGUGGACAAACGGCUGGAGGAAUUGGGCGCCACUAGAGUAUUCGAACUCGGACUAGGCGAUGAUGAUGCGAACAUUGAAGAUGACUUCAUUACGUGGAAGGAUCGCUUCUGGCCCGCCGUCUGUGACUUCUUUGGCAUUGAGGGUGGUGGUGAGGAGGUGCUCAUCAGGCAAUAUCGUCUGCUGGAGCAGCCCGAUGUGCUGCCAGACCGCAUAUACACUGGCGAGAUCGCGCGUCUGCAUUCAAUGCAAAAUCAGCGACCACCCUUCGAUGCCAAAAAUCCCUUCUUGGCGCCCAUUCGAGUCAAUCGGGAACUGCAUAAGGGCGGCGGCCGUUCGUGCAUGCACAUCGAACUGAAUAUCGAUGGUUCGAAAAUGCGUUACGAUGCCGGCGAUCAUGUGGCCAUGUAUCCCAUCAAUGACAAGUCGCUGGUGGAGAAAUUGGGUCAAUUAUGUAAUGCCGAUUUGGAUACGGUCUUCUCAUUGAUCAAUACUGAUACGGAUAGCAGCAAAAAGCAUCCAUUCCCCUGCCCCACCACCUAUCGCACCGCUCUGACGCACUAUCUGGAGAUCACUGCCAUACCGCGUACGCACAUUCUUAAAGAGUUGGCCGAAUACUGCUCGGAUGAGGCAGAUAAGCAACUGUUGCGUAGCAUGGCAUCCAUAACGCCCGAGGGCAAGGAGAAGUACCAGAGCUGGAUACAAGACGCCUGUCGCAAUAUUGUGCACAUACUGGAGGACAUUAAAACGUGUCGACCGCCCAUUGACCACGUGUGCGAAUUGCUGCCUCGCCUUCAGCCGCGUUACUAUUCCAUCUCGUCGUCGGCCAAGCUACAUCCGACCGAUGUGCAUGUUACAGCGGUGCUGGUAGAGUAUAAGACGCCCACGGGACGCGUGAACAAAGGUGUGGCCACCACAUACCUGAAAAAUAAGCAGCCGCAGGACGGUGGGGAGGAGGUCAAGGUGCCAGUCUUUAUACGCAAGUCGCAGUUUAGACUGCCCACAAAACCGGAAACGCCCAUUAUUAUGGUUGGACCCGGUACUGGACUGGCGCCAUUCCGUGGCUUCUUACAGGAGCGUCAGUUCCUGCGCGAUGAGGGCAAAACAGUGGGCGAGUCUGUGCUCUAUUUUGGCUGCCGCAAGCGCAGCGAGGAUUACAUUUAUGAAGCCGAGCUGGAGGAGUGGGAAAAGAAGGGCACACUAACGCUAAAAACAGCAUUCUCGCGAGAUCAAGAGAAAAAGGUGUAUGUUCAGCAUUUGCUUGAACAAGAUGCAGACCUCAUAUGGAAUGUCAUUGGCGAGAACAAAGGUCACUUUUACAUAUGCGGUGACGCAAAGAACAUGGCUGUGGACGUUAGAAACAUUCUAGUGAAAAUUCUGUCAAGCAAGGGUAACAUGAGCGAGGCGGAUGCUGUGCAAUAUUUGAAGAGGAUGGAGGCACAAAAACGCUAUUCUGCCGAUGUCUGGAGCUAAUCACGCACAUUUCUCAGUCGGGAAACAAGCUCCGGACACAUGUAAUAAGCACAUUUUUCUAAAUUUUCAUAUCACUGUGCGUAUAUACAUAUUUUCCAUAUGCAUGUAGUAGCACAUUGUCUGUAUGUUAAUAUUAAUUAAGCUAUAAAGUAAAAUUCUCGGUUUGGGAACGUUUGCCGCGGUUCAACAAACAACAACUACAACUACAACCACAAUUAAGAAUAUGUAGAUGUAGUGUAAAUGAAUUGAAAUGUUGCCCUUUAUACACACCAUAUGCCUUAAAUGAUUGUUGAGCUAACUCAAAUGAGCGAGAAAGUAAACUGUGUAAAAAAGUAA